AUAUUUACAUAUUCAUCUAUGCUCUUUUAAUUAAAAGAUUGUUUCAAGUUUACAAACUUGCAAUCUAAGUGUAUUUUAAUUAAAUUGUUUUCUGAUGCUUAACCCUUAGCCUGCUAAAUUUCUAUAAUGGACUGGUCCAUCUUUCAAUUAGGAUAGUACCAUUUACUGUUAAAAGGGGUGUUUACCAAAAAGAUACUGACUGAAUGGCGAACAGUGCAGACCAUGAUCACACUGCACGGAUGUGCAGGCUGAUCUUGGUCUGCACUGGUCGCAAAGGCAGAAUAAACUUGCCACCAGCAGGCUAAGUGUUAAUCUUCUUUUUUGUAAUACUCUCGAAUAUUUGUCGAAAAUCAAACACACAAGGAGAUUCUGUAUGAUACAGUAUAAGACAGGUAUAUGCGUAUUAUAUAAUAAAAGAUUACAGGAAAAUGCAUGUGUCAGAGUUAACUAAAUACAAAUUAGACCUUUUGCGUCGUGAAAACUUGUCAUCAGUAUGGUGGUUGAUCUCUGCCAUUUCGUUUUAGCGUGAUGGCGCGUUUGAAUGGCACCAACACGACAAACAUGCGCACAAAUACGACAAAUAUCGUAUUUGCCGUAUCGGCGCGCUUAUUUUCUCGUUUGCCAUGUUGUCGUGUUGGCACCAAAAUGAACGACAGAGGUCAGCCACACUACAUCGAGGUUGAUCAAUAGAUUCAAUACAAUACUUAAUGAUCUUCUUAAAGCAGCAUGCCUCAAGAUCGUUCGACAACAAAUAAAAUAUAUUUUUAGAUAUCUUGAAAUAAAUGCUAUAUUUCUUAAGAAGGCUUUAAAACUUAAUUACUGACAAACUUUAUGUUACGGAAACACAUGAGAAUUUGCUGUUUUUACUACUUUUUACGACGAAAAUCGAAAAGCGUUUGUCACGCUUUUACUCCAGAUAUUUAUUUCAGCGGCAAAAGACAUCAUGAAGAAUCACCUUGCAGCAAUGAUAGUUUAUGGACUGGUAAUGAGAAACAUUGAAGUAGCGAAGACUGUAGAAGUGGAUGAAUCCUGCACAAUGAUUCCUCAUAAGUAUAUAGACGCGAUGGUGUCAUUUCUGAAGAUACUGUCGGACUAUACAAGAACAGGGAACUCAGUGAAAAUUGUUAUAAAAAGUGAGGAAGGUGAAUACGACUUGAUUUUAACGACUCUGUUAACGUUAAACGACAACUGCAAAGUUGAGGACAAAGUAGAUGAGGAGAGUGAAGUCGACAGUGUGAGAUGUCAGUUCAAACAUCUGUUAGGAACAUUCAACGUUGAACUUAGUGCGCAACAGCACACAGACGACAAUAUAUUCGUAUUACUUGUGAAGAUUGAAACUGACCAAAGACCACCCAAACUUACGGAACUGUGUACGCAGGCCACCUCCAAAUGUGGAAUAUCAAUACCAAUAACUACAACAUGCAGACAAUCAUUCUGUGCAAAAUGCAAACAGUUGUCUUGGCUUUCAAAAAACAAUGGAACAACAACAGCACAAAAUGAUCAUACAUUUUCUACAACAAAGAUAAAAGCCACUGACGAAGGGUUGCAAGUUUCAGAUAUAGUUAUUUCAAGUAUAUCGUCUUUCCUCGGUGGUGUCUUAUGCACGUUGUUCACGCUGUUUGUGUACCGAUUCAUCUUACAAAGGUAAAAGUCUGAUUAUAGAGACUACUUUGCUUAUUAAAUAAAUACUGAUUU